AUUUCCAAUUCUUAAACCCUGUAAUUUUUGUAGGUCAGAGGAACCUUUUUUCCAUCCCAAUUUUCAAUUCUACAAUUUUUAUACCCUAAACCAAAGAAAAAGGGGAACGAAAAACAUAAAGGAAUGGAUUUUUAUGGGCACCCAUAUCGUUUUUCUUUGUCUUCAUUUUCAUUGUUAAGUGAUUUCAUUGAAAAAGUGAAAGAUUUUUUCAAUUUCGCUGUCUCUGCCAUCAUUGGAAACAUUUUCUCUGCGAUCUUAACUUUCUUCUUUGCGUUAGUUGGUACAUUGUUAGGAGCCAUGACUGGGGCUUUGAUAGGACAAGAAACCGAGAGUGGUUUCGUUCGAGGGGCUGCGGUCGGGGCUAUAUCCGGAGCCGUUUUCUCAAUCGAAGUCUUCGAAUCAUCUCUUCUUCUUUGGCAAUCUGACGAAUCCGGGAUCUUAUGUUUGCUUUACUUGAUUGAUGUCAUUGCAAGCCUUUUAAGUGGAAGGCUUGUUCGAGAACGUAUCGGUCCAGCAAUGCUGAGUGCCGUUCAAAGUCAGAUGGGAGCUGCUGAAACAACUUUCGAGGAUGUCCAAAACAUAUUUGAUACCGGUAGUGUUAGAGGAUUGGCUGGAGAUUUAGUUGAAAAAAUCCCUAAGAUAACAAUCCGAAGCAAUGACAACGCAGAUGCUUCCGGGGAGAAAGUUUCAUGUUCAGUUUGCCUUCAGGACUUUCAGUCCGGAGAAACGGUUCGAAGCUUGCCGCAAUGCCAUCACAUGUUUCACUUGCCUUGUAUAGAUAAGUGGCUUCUUAGUCAUGGUUCUUGUCCAUUAUGCAGAAGGGAUCUAUUUUUGUAAAUUAUACGAUGUAUACGUAGCUAUUUAUAUAUUUUAUUUAUACCGUUGGUUCGUGUAAUUGCUAAUCGAAUGUUUUCCUACUUUGUCUCUCUAACUAUUCCACAUUCAUUGUGGGAUUGAACAUUGUACUUGAUUUAACUCUUUUGUGUAAAAGUUCCAAUUUACAGUUCCAAAACUUCGACUUA